AUGGCUUCUCCAACACAGAGUUGGGGGGCUCAAAAGCCUACAAUAGUGUUGUUCUUUAUGUGCAUUUUAUUUUCAUAUUCAGUUGAAGAAGCCAUAACAUCUUCGAAGAAGUUAGACCAACCAGUGGUUGCUCCCCCAGUAGACACUGAAAUCAAGUGUGGAUCGUGUCCUUGUGGAAACACAUGUGGUGAGCAACUUCCCCCACCUCUACCACCUCCUUCUCCUCCUCCUCCUCCUCCUUCACCAUCACCACCGCCGCCUCCGCCACCAUCACCUCCACCUCCCAAGUAUACUCCUUGUCCACAAAAUUGCAACCCCUUGUUGCCAGCAUCACCACCACCUCCAAGAUUCAUAUAUGUGCCUGUGCCAGGGGAUGUACCUAAACCAUAUACAUGGGUAUAUUAUUACUCCGGUGCUGAAAACAAAGCUGUGGAGUUGCUUGUUUUGGCUGGUUUGGAAGCAUUCUCAAUGGCAGUGCUAUUUUGGAUGACAUCGUGA